GGAACACAAGAGGUGCUACUUAAAUAUGAGAAUAAACUCAGUGAGGGUGCCAGAGCCUGGCCCAGGCUGCCCAGGGGGGUUGUGGAGUCUCCUUCUCUGGAGACAUUCAAACCCACCUGGACACCUUCCUGUGUAACCUCAUCUGGCUGUUCCUGCUCUGGCGGGAGGGAUUGGACUGGAUGAGCUUUCGAGGUGUCUUCCAGUCCCUGACAUUCUCUGAUUUGCAGCUUUCGUGUCGUUAGCAUGAGGAAAAGGUUCUUUGCCCAGAGGGUGCUGGAUACUGGAAUAGGCUCCCCAGGGAGGUGUCAUGGCCCUAAGUCUGACGACGUUCAAGAAGAGUCUGGACAGCGCCCUCAGACAUGUGGUGUGAACAUGGGGUUGUCAUAUGGAGGAACAGGAGUUGGACUCAGUGAUCCUUGUGGGUUGCUUCCAACUCAGGACAUGCUAUUGUUCUAUGGCUAAGCUUUUUUUUGAAUAAAUAAAUAAGCAAAAGGUUUCAUUGUUGACUACCAGGUCCCAUUUUUCUGGGCUGACAAACUGCUGAGAGAAGCUUGGAGUAGAUGUUUUAUGUAGUAGGUUUGCAAAGGAAUUUAAAGUCAGUGGUAUUAUUUUCUGCAAUAAGUGAAUUCUAAUGUGCUGUCUUUCUUAAGUUUGGCUUCUGUUCUUCAUGGCCUAUGUUUUAUUUUAUUGAACCAUUAACUUUUAUGUCAUUGAUAGUAAUGAUUUAGUUUGGUAUUUGAGCCUGAACUAUCGUGAAUUUAAAGAUACUUAAUUUAACAGAUUUGUUUGGAAUUUAGAUGCAAGUUCUUCGGCAAUGGUAAAGGAGGUGUGUCCCUGGACCACCACGCUGGGCAUAGCAUAGCAAAGGAAAGAAACAGCUGGAGGAUGCAAACAGGAGCUUAAAGUGCAACAUUCCUUUUGUUUUCCUGCUGAGUGAAGCUCAUCUUUUAAUCCUUUGAAGGAACGUCAGUUCAGGAGGAAGAUGAAAGAUAGUGUCGCUGAAGAACAUUUAUAUUUGGAUUUUUCUCAUCAGUACAGAGAUGGUAUCUUCCCUCUUCAUACAUCUAUUUCACUGUUUUUGCUAUCCUACUGUGACUGCAAAUUAUUCAAAAUUUUCUUAGUGCCAAGUGGUGAAGAUGCAAAUGAUCAGCUUGUGACCAAAAACUUCCUUGGCGGUCUGGAGGUCCAUUUAAUCUCCAGACAUCAGCUUCCAGUGGUUGUGCAGAGCUGCUGUUUACCUGCUGUUGUUGUGAAAGAUGGCAAGUUCUGCCGAGCUGGGCUUUCUGUUGUCUUAAGGCAUAUAAUACAGAAAACAUACGAGGCAGAUCCAUCUAAAAAGGAUGUUUUGGAACUCUUAGGCUUUAAGAAGACCUGCUUAAAAGCCUGUGCUGAAGUUAGCCAGUGGACCAGACUUUGUGAGAUCAGCAUACCUCGGGCUGUUGAAGAAUUUUUGGCGGCAUCUACUGAGCGCUGUCAGACUGUUCCUCCUGACAUUUUACAGCUUGAAAGGAAGCUUGGAGAACCUGUCCGAGUACAUAAUGAUGACAAAAUUCGAAGGCAAAAACUUCAGCAGCAGAAAGCAGUUGCCAAGGCUGCGGUGCCUUUACUUGGUAAAGAAGCAGCAACAGAGGAAGGAAAAUCAGUGGAAAAGCAUGAACUCCCAAGUUUGGAACUGAGCAUCGCUUUCUCCAAGCUACUUGUCCAGGAAGUAUCGGAUGCAGUCAACAGGGAGGCACCGCACAUCAGGAGAACAAAAACCUCUGACCUUCCACUUUUGGACCACGUUUUUGCAGAAGGGCUUUAUUUUACCUUGGCAGAUAUAGUGCUGUUGCCAUGCAUCCAUCAGUUCUUGGUUUCCAGCAAAAACCAAGGCAAAAAUCUGGUAAAUUUGCCUCUGAUAUCCAGUUGGUAUCGAAGAGUUCAAGAAGUACCUGGAGUAAAGAAAGCUGCUGGCAAAUGCAAUAUGGAGCUUCUCCAGCUUCCGGAGUUGAUGUCUGCUCCAAAGGAACAGCUACAAGAAUUCUCUUCUGUUCCCGAUGAAUUAGAAGAGGAGAAUGAAGAUAGCCAUUUUAUAGGUGGUCCAAGGCCAACUAUGACUAAGUUAAUGGAAAACGGUGUUGAAGCAAAGUUUUUUCCUCAUCCAUGUCCCAGCUGGACCCUCGACUGGACCAAUCUACCAUCUGCAGUCAGUCCUGGAGAAGGAAAGAUGUCUAGAGACCGAGCUCUGAGGAAGCAGCAGCAAUUGAACAAUUUGGUAGCAGCGGUGACAAAGCUUGCUAAGCCUGGAGAUGUGAUCGUGGAUUUUUGCAGUGGAGGGGGUCACGUUGGAAUUGUUCUUGCUCACAUGAUGCCGUCCUGUCAGGUGGUGCUCAUAGAAAAUAAGGAGUUGUCUCUGGUCCGUGCUAAAGACAGAAGUGAUGAACUAGGUUUAAACAACAUUUGGUUCAUUCAAGCAAAUUUAGACUAUUUUAACGGGACUUUUAACAUUGGGGUGGCUCUGCAUGCAUGUGGUGUGGCAACAGACAUGGUGAUUGAACACUGCAUCAAGGCACGGGCAGCCUUUGUCAUCUCCCCCUGUUGUUAUGGCUUCAUUCAGAACACAGUGAAGUUUAAAUAUCCACAAAGUCAUCAGUUCAAAGAAAUAUUGUCCUACAAGGAGCACAUGGUCCUUUGCAGAUUUGCAGAUCAGACAGCUGUUCAGCUUCCACCUGAACGCAGGCUAAUUGGAAAGCAGUGUAUGGGGCUUGUGGAUCUGGAUCGGGCAUGGGCUGCAGAAGAACACAACUACUCUGUCCAGGUUAUAUCUAUGGAGCCAGAGAGUUGUUCUCCAAAGAACAAUAUGCUUGUGGGCAUCCCUACAUAGAGUGCGAAACUUGCAUUUGAUUUGAAGUUGAACGUAAAUCUUCAGUGUAUAAUGACAUUUGGCAGAUACAACAAGCACAGCUGGGAACCAGACAUCACGCGUCUUGAAGCCACUGCGUUUGGAAAAGGAAGCAGCACAAAAAGGCCUAGAAAGUGAACUGCAUGUGGAGCACCACAAACUGUACUUGUAAUGUGUCAUUAGGCAGCUUUUGGUUCUACUGAGGAGUUUCUGGAUCUAAUGACUGUGCAUGGAGUCAUCUGUCUGUGAAGGUUUAGAAAAGAGUUGGUCUUAUUCAAGGGAAAGUGAUUUCCUUUUUAGUAAAGCUGUCUUGGCUGCUUUCACAUUGCAUUCAUGAUCAAAACUGGAUUUGCCUUCCUAAGCAGAGCAGUGAUCAGCCAACAGUGCACAUCAGAAAAGAUCAGAUUUAAGGUGUUAAUGAAGAAGGCUGUGCAACAGGUGGUGGCUUGGCCUUGCUGAAGAAUACCACACUGCUGGAGGAAGAUGAUUUUUAAUAAAAGUUCAUCAGAAUACUUCGGGCAUCAUUCUGCAUACCAAAAAUGUAUUCUAACUUACCAAUCUUUUAAAAAGACUUAAAAAUUCUCUUUAAAUAUUACACAAGAGCUCUGUAACAAAGCAUUUGAAAGUGUCUUUAGUUAAAGAAAGCAAACCUCUAAUUAUCCAUUGACCGGAUAACGGGAGCUAGUGACAAUGUCAGCAAAUGGAUACUUCACUGCCACCAAUGCUAAUGGAAGUGUGUUGCUUCACAUUCUCAAGAAACGUGAUGUCAGAAGAAAUUUUUAAGGACAGUUCAUGUGUCUCUAUGCAUCAUCUUCAUUGAUUUUAUAUUCAGUUUAAAAUUUGAGCCAUGUUGCAGUUGGGGAACCAUUAGAAAGGAUCAGCCACAGUCACGUUACUGUAAAACAAAAAUAAAUAUUCUGUGCUCUGAA